CCAGCAAGAUACCAGAUAUAAAGACCGGUCAGAUCAGCCAGAUAUCAGAGGACAAACAGACACAGACUCUGCCAGUCCCAUUCACACCGCGCUGAUCUCCAGGAUGGUGUCCCGAAAGGCUGUGGCUGCUCUGCUUGUGGUGCACGUGGCUGCCAUGCUAGCCUCCCAGACAGAAGCCUUUGUUCCCAUCUUCACCCACAGCGAGCUCCAGAAGAUCCGGGAAAAGGAGCGCAACAAAGGUCAGAAGAAGUCCCUGGUUUUACAAAAGAGGUCUGAGGAAGUGGGGCCUCUGGACCUUGUGGAGCCCACAGAAGAAGAAGAAAACCAGGCUAUCAAGCUGACUGCUCCUGUGGAAAUUGGAAUGAAGAUGAACUCCAGGCAGCUGGAAAAGUACUGGGCUGCCCUGGAAGAGUUGCUGGGUGAGGCGCUGCUGUCCACCCAGAACGGAGGAGAGGAGAGAGGUGGAGAGAAAGCGUUGGAGUGGGAAGAACCAGAGGUUAAAGGACUUGCCCCAGGGUACAGAGAAAGCUAGAGGCUGAGCUGCCAGAUACCUGGCCAGUCCGCCCUGCACCCCGGGGUGGGGGGGGUGCCCCCUCCUUCCUGGCUCUGCAGGCAGGUUUAGAAGUCAGUUUCAUAAGUGGACCUGCGAAUGUUCCUGAGCGCAAACCCUGCUUUUCCCCAGCAGACAAGUGACAGCCCGCUCUGGGGAGAAGGUGGAGCCCUCCUCCCACCCAAAGGAGGCCCCAAAAUCUGCAUGCCCAACAGCGGGGCUCCGAAGGAAAAUGCUCUCUCCCAGGCAAGCCCCCCAUCUGGCAAAUAAAGAGGGAAAUACACAGAAA